AUAAACAAACGACAAAAAUCAAACGUCUCCAAACGUUUCUCACAAUUUGAAAUGUGUGUUACAUUCCAGCUGUGUCUUCUGCUACUAGCCGCUUCAUUUCUAUGGACAGUGUCACCUUCUUCUUCUUCAUCUUCUUCUCUACAACAACAAUGCGACUAUUCUCAAGGAAAAUGGGUCAUUGAUGAUGAUCCCAUUCCCUCUUUCUACCCUCUCUAUCAUGCUUCAAAAGAUUGUCCUUUCAUUGGUCAAGGUUUUGAUUGUCUCACAAAUGGUAGACCAGACAAAGAUUACCUCAAAUAUAGAUGGAAACCCUCUUCUUGUAACCUCCCAAGGUUUGAUGGUGGGAAAUUUAUGGAAAAAUACAAAGGAAAGAAGAUAAUGUUUGUAGGAGACUCCAUUAGCAACAACAUGUGGCAAUCACUAACUUGUUUGCUUCACAUUGCAAUCCCAAAUUCAAAUUUUACUUUAACACAACAAACCAAAGAACUCACUGUGUUCUCAUUUCCUGAAUAUGAAGCUUCAAUCAUGUGGUUGAAAAAUGGGUUCUUAGUGGAUUUGGUUCAUGAUAAAGAAAAAGGAAGAAUAUUGAGAUUGGACACAAUUAGCACUGGAAACCAAUGGAAAGGGUUUGAUGUUUUGAUUUUCAAUACUUAUCAUUGGUGGACUCAUACUGGAAAAUCUCAAACAUGGGAUUAUUUUCAAGUUGGGAAUGAAUUAAUUAAGGAGAUGGAUCAUUUGGAAGCUUUUAAGAUUGGGUUAAGCACUUGGGCCAAAUGGGUUGAUUCCAACAUUGACCCUUCAAAGACUAGAGUCUUGUUUCAGGGAAUAGCUGCUUCUCAUGUUGAUGAAAAGGGGUGUCUAAAACAAACUAAACCAGAUGAAGGACCAAUGCUACCUUAUCCUGGUGUAGACACUGUAAAGAACAUCAUAAGUAAAAUGGAGAAGCAUGUAAACUUGCUUGACAUCACUUUGCUAACACAAUUAAGAAGGGACGGUCAUCCGUCUAGCUACACAGGUCGCGGCGAAAGUUAUGUCGACUGCAGUCACUGGUGUCUAGCUGGUGUUCCUGAUACUUGGAAUGAAAUGUUGUAUGCUGCUCUUCUUACAAAUUAAAUUCAUUCUAUAUAUAUAUUAUUUAUUAUUGUAUUAUUUGUAAUAGUUUAUUUGGUUUGAUUAUUUAUGUUAUUCUUUGUAAUAGUUUAUUUUGCUACAAAUAUGAAUAUGUACUUUAACUAAAUUA